GACGUCACAUUUCCCACAUGUGAAAUUCGUCGCGCCAUAUUGGUACGAAAUUUGUGGAAUGACUUUCCACAGAUAAUGGUGAAAAAGGGUCAAUAAAAUCAUAUUUGCUUUGAGCUAUUAACCUCAGGUUUGGACAAGUUCGACUGCAACAAUGCCUACCUAUUUCCAGCGCCCAGAAAAUGCCCUGAAAAGGGCAAAUGAAUUCAUCGAUGUCGGCAAGAAGCAGCCAGCCUUGGAUGCCCUGUACGACGUGAUCAAGAGCAAGAAGCACCGAACAUGGCAGAAGAUUCACGAGCCCAUCAUGGAGAAGUACCUGACGCUGUGCGUAGAGCUGCGCAAGAGCCACACGGCCAAGGAGGGGCUCUACCAGUACAAGAACAUCUGCCAGCAGGUGAACGUGAAGUCUCUUGAGGAUGUCGUCAGGGGCUACCUGCGGCUUGCAGAGGAGAAAACAGAAGAGGCUCGUAAGGCGUCGGAGCAAACGGUGCUGGAUGUUGACGAUCUGGACAAUGUUGUAACUCCUGAAAGUCUCUUGCUGAGCGCCGUGAGUGGGGAGGACACCCAGGCGCGCACGGAUCGCAUCAUGCUCAUCCCGUGGGUCAAGUUCCUCUGGGAGUCCUAUCGCCAGUGCCUGGACCUGCUGCGUAACAACAACCGCGUAGAAAAGCUGUACCAGGACAUUGCUCAAGACGCUUUCCGAUUCUGUCAGAAGUACCAGAGAAAGACGGAGUUCCGCAAGCUGUGUGAUAAUUUGCGGAACCAUCUGGGUCUGAUCCAGAAACACCAGAGCCAGACCACAGCCAUCGAUCUGAACAAGCCAGAAAGCCAGCAGCUACAUCUAGACACCCGACUCUUCCAGCUGGACACUGCAAUCACUAUGGAACUCUGGCAGGAAGCCUACAAGGCCGUUGAGGACAUCCACAGCCUGAUGGGUCUGUCCAAGAAGCCCCCCAAGCCCCAGAUGAUGGCCAACUACUACCAGAAGCUGGGGCUAGUCUUCUGGAAGUCUGGCAACGGGUUGUUCCACGCCUGCGCCUUGCACCGCCUGCUGCAGCUGUCUAGGGAACAGCGCAAGAAUCUGACCCAGGAAGAGAUACAGAGGAUGGCCACCCGUGUCCUGCUAGCUACCCUGGCCGUGCCCAUCUCGCCCCCUCGCAACGACAUUGGGGACAUGCUGGACAUGGGCGACACCGCCAUGGAGAACAAGCGCAAGCUGGCCAACCUCCUGGGGCUCCAGACUCCGCCCACCAGAUCUCAGCUGGUCAAGGACUUGGUGAGGUACAACGUGAUCCCGUACGUCAUGUCCCAAGUCAAGGAUCUCUACGAUUGGCUGGAGGUGGAGUUCCAUCCGUUGGAGCUGUGCCAGCGAGUCAGUCAGAUCUACGAGGUCAUUCAGGAGAGCGGCGAGCCGGAACUGAAGCAGUACGUCAGCGCUCUGCAGGAUAAUACCAUCAUGCGCCUACUGAAACAGAUUUCCCAGAUUUACGAGACCAUCGGAUUUGCUCGGCUGGCUAGCCUGGUGCCGUACUGUUCAGCCUUCCACCUGGAGAGGGUCAUUGUGGACGCGUCCCGCAACGGCGCAGUCGAGAUACGAGUUGACCACGCCACCCAGGCCCUAGUCUUUGGCGGGAUGGUCUCCAUCUCUCAGCAGGACGAGCAGCUGAGCGAGGGCCCGCACCUGCAGGACCAAGCCUCGGAUCAGAUCCGCAACCAGCUCAGUCAGAUGUCCUACACGCUGCACCGCGCCGUCAAGUUCAUCCGCCCCAUGCACAUGGUGGACGAACAGGAGAACGAGAAGCAGGUGAUGAUCCAGCAUUACCGGCGCACGGCGCGCAAGGAGCAUGAGCGCAUCCUGACCAGACGUCACAUCAUUGAGGACAGGAAGGAGAAACUAGAAAGCAUCACUGUACAACGGGAGAAAGAGGAGCAGGACAUCAUCGAGAAGCAGCAGCGCAACCAGCGGGAGGCGGAGGAGAAGCGACUGGAGCGGGAAGCCCAGGAGCGCCAACGCAAGAAGGAGCUGGAGAAAGUUGAAGAGAUCCAACGCUCCCAGGCCCGGGAGAGGAUCAAGAUGCUGAAGCAGUCCACCGUCAGCCAGAAGGUCUUCAAGAGACUCAACGAGGAGGAAUUGGAGAAGCUGGACCCAGACGAGAUCAUGGCCAAGCACGUGGAGCAGCUGGAAGUGGAGAAGAAAGAACUCCAGAUGCGACUGAAGGCUCAAGAGAAGAAAGUGGACUUUGCCGCCCGGGCACGACGGGUGGAGGAGUUGCCUCUGUUGGUCAAGCAGUACGAACAGCAGGCCGUGGAGGACCGUAAGAUAUGGGAGGAGAUGGAAGAACAACGGAUUGCAGAAGCCAUCAGUGAGAGGGAGAAGGCUCUAGAGAGCAGAGACCGUCUGGCUCGCAUGGCUGGUGACAAGAAGAAGUUUGCCGAAAUGCUGGAGCAGACUCGCUACAGCAUAUACCAGACUAAGCUGGCCGACUACGAGCAGCUCGAGCGCGAAGAGCGCGUCAAGCGUCUCCAGGAACGCAAGAAUCGUCGCAAGGAGGAACGCCGCCUCAAGUGGCUGAAGGAGAGAGAGGAGGAGGAGCAACGCAAGAAGGACGAGGAGCUCAAACGAGUCCGUGAGGAAGAGCAGGAACGUCAAGCUGAAGAAAUUCGCAAGAAGGUGGAAGCUUUCAAGGCACAAGAAGCUAAACAGGCGGCCAAGCAGAAAGAGAUUGAGGAACGAGAAGAACGGGAGAAGAGAGAAUUGGAGCGUGGCAUGGGCCCCGCCCGCGGCGGCCAGGCGGAAGAAGCCUGGCGCCGUCGCCCAGCGCCCGGCGACGCACCCCGAGAAAUACAACGGGAUAAGAGUGCCGCGGACGAGGGAAAUUGGAGACGUGGUGGCGGUGGCGGUGCUAGGGAGGACAGACCUGCCGAGAGUCAGCCUUGGCGUCCGUCCAGGGAUAAAGAAGGGGAGAGGCCAGGGGUGUACAGACCCCCUCGCCGGGAUGUCGAGGAAAGAGCCGAGCCACUGCGCAGCGAAGAGGCAAAGGAAGGGGGCAUGGGAGGACAGGAACCAGGGCCUGAAGAUGCGAGAGAGCCGCGUCGGAACCAGUACAGGCAGGAGGAACAGGAGGACGGGGAGAGUGAAUACCGACGAGAUCGACGCGACAACUAUCGCGACAUCCGCUUGGAUGAUCCCGAGUUCCGCCGCAGCGCUGGCAUUAAGGAUGAAGAGGAUGAGCCUCGCAGAGAGCCCAACGAAGAGCGGGAAGUCCGUCAAGAGAAGAGGGGUCCACCCCCAGAGCGUCAGAGAGGACCGCCCCAGGAGGAACCUGCUCGUGAGCCCCGACGUGACAUGGGUAGGGAAGACAAGGGUUAUGGAAGGGAUGACCGCGACUUUGGUAGGGAUGACCGUGGGGCUAGGGAUGGCCGUAGCUUUGGGAGAGAUGACCGUGGUGGGAGAGAUGACGGCUUUGGUCGGAGUGACCGCGGAGGCCGGGAUGAUGGCUUUGGUGGUCGGGAUGAUCGUGGCUUUGGUGGUCGGAAUGACCGCGGAUUCAGAGAUGACCGUCGAGGCUUUGGGAGAGAUGAGCGAGGUGGUGGUUACGGAAGAGAUGACCGAGGGGGCUAUGGGCGCAGGGAAGAGGGACGUUGGGGCGACCGUGGCGAGGAGAGGUCCUGGGGGAGAGACGGGGAUCGCCCUCGCAGAGACUUCCGAGAUGACCAAGGGGAGGACUCCGGCAGGAGCUGGAGAGGGGCGCCAAGGGAUGACCGUGGUCCGGCCCGGCGGGGAGGUGAUGACUGGCGAGGACCCAGCCGAGGUGGUCCCCCCGCUGAGAUCCGGCGUGACAGAGGCCCUGGGCGAGACGAGGGCUCAUCUUGGCGUCAGGGCGGGGAAGGCGGUGGGCGAGACCGUGGAGCCCCCCAGGAUGGUGAUAAGUGGCGCCGAAGUGCACCCAGGCAGGAUGCACCGUCCGAAUCCAAGCCACCUGUUAAAGAGGUGCGCCGGGAACCUCGGAAGCAAGAGCCUCCACCACCACAGGAGACCAAAGCCAAUGACGACGAUGGGUGGGAGACCGUUGUCAAACGCCGCUAAACAUCCAAUCACUAGAAGUAAAUAAGUGGGGGUGUAUUUGGGGUAUUUCCAGGGGAAAACACCUAUUCCACCCCUCCCAAAGCACGUUCAUUUUAACCCACCUUAAUGUCCUAUUUUCACCAUUUCUUCUCCAGAUCAAUAAUGAAGCCAUUGAGCGACUCCUGGAUUUUUCUGAUAAUGAAUCUGAUCGUAUUAAUAUAGUGCUGAGUGUACUUUGUCAUGUGGAAAUGUCAUGACUGUACAAGAGAUUAAGCAAUCCUGGUUAAGAUCCUUUCAUACAAAUUUCAGUUUCGAUUUGUAUUGUUCAAUGAGCAUGUGCUCCACCAUUUUGUUUUCCUUGUGAUUUAGUUGACCAGCUGCGAUAGGAAUGCCAUGCAGUUUGAAAACUAAGAAAUGCUGCAUCUUUCCUCUCGUAUGAAAAUGUUUCCUUUGAUAUCACAUAACUCGUGUAUUUUUUAUCAGAUUGGUUGGCCCCACUCCUUAUUUUCAUUCGCAUUUCGCAUUUUGCAAAAUACAACUACUUUAACAUGUGUUGCUAUUUAACAAUAUUUGGUGCUGAAUUAUUGGGAAAAAAACUUGUUUUGUUUUCAAAUGUGCAUUCUAACUGGGUUUUAUCAUGCUUGUCAAAGUAGUACGAUUUCUUUGCAAGUAUUUACAUGUAAAAGUUAUAAUAGCACUAACAAUUUCGAUAUUUUCUUCCUAAAGGCAACGAUUUACCCUUCAAAGAUUAUUAAGUUUAAUCUUUAACAGUAUUUUGAGUUACUAUUUCAGCAGUAAAAAAAUUCACAUUAAACAGCGAUUAGAAUGUUUGAAAGAAACCGAACCUUUUUGGUUCAAGUAGAUAAGAUACAAUAUAGCUUGGGACAAUUUUAAAUGGAUAUCUCUCAAUGUUAGGAAUAAUCCUUCAAAGACAUUUGAAUCAAAGUCAGUAAUUUGUGAAUGUCAUUGGUUGAAGUCGGUAAUAAAAUAAAACAACUUGCAGUCUAUCA